AUGGACUUUCUUCACCCUUUUUCUCUCUGGGGCUGGGCUGGGGGUCUGGGCUGCAGCCCCACACUGCGCCUCAGCUUCCUGUCUCUGCCCGCCCCCUUCCCCUAUUCCCCACCCCCGCCUCCCCCAUCCCCAAGGCUCCCCAACCCUGCAGCAGUGGCAGCAGCAGGCCAAAACAAACAUGGGGGGCGGGAUCGUGGAGCAGCAGCCGGGGGUGCCCACCCAGGACUUUCGGAGGCUGGAGGAGGACAGGGCCAACCACCCUCCCAGGGCCUGGGAGGAAGAGGGGCCUUCUGGGGCCACCCAGGCCAUUGGGACGAAGGCCUCCACCAGCAAGGGCCACAGUCGGACCAGUCCCCUGGGCUUUGCUGUUUCCCAGCAGCCUGCAGAGGCCCCACAGACAGCCUGAGGCCCCUCCUUCCGCUGCCUGGCCAAGUCCCACCCACCCCAGACCCUCCUUCCCAUCCUCCGGAACGGGACCCCCAGUCUGUCACCAGCCCACCCUCUGUCCUGAUGAACCUGGGCCGGGGCUUUAGAGCCCAAGCCUCGACCCUCUUCUGGGAUAGGCUGAAGGAACCCCGGCCCUCGUUCUGCAGCUGGUGCAAAAGCUGUGGCUGCUGGGCCUGGAUCACGUGGUGGCCCAGGGGGCGGGAGAAGCCCAGGGGGAGGCUCACCAGCUACCAGACCCAGCUCUGAGCUGGAGGCGGGGAUCCGGCGCUAGGUGUAGGAAGUUGUUCUGAGCACCUUCCUAACA